AUGGCAUGGGGGACAAGAGUAUGCAAGACGGAGCGCGCCAUUACAGCUCCUGAACAUUUCUCCAGGCAGGUGCGCGUGGCGAGGCAGGAGGAGGAAGCGGGGCAUUCAAACUGUGAGCCCAAUUCAGAAGGCGAAAGGGACAAGCUAUCGUGGGCCCCUUCUAAAUAUGCGUUGAACCACGCAUCGUUCGCCCGACUAGGAAACGACAAUGGGAGUGAAGCCUGUCAUGCGCGUAGCGUGGAGCAACUCCUGCACCAGGACCAGAGAAGAAAGGGGGAACAAGGUUGCUGA